UGAGAAGCUGUUGAAGAAAACGACCUCAAAAUUACAAGUAUUUCUGUCAUCAAUAGAAAGAUUUAAUGUAAAACCUAUAAUUAAUGCAACGUAAACUGUCUAUAUACUAAUCUAAUUGGACUGCGUCAUACAUAGAUCACGUAUAUUGUCAAUGACAUGUAGUUUAAAGUAUCAUUGUGUCGUGCAAGUACACACAAACACAUAUAUCUACUAUAUCUUCUAUCUAGAAUUUUUUUAAAAUAUCCACCAUUUGUAGCUGAAAUAAAUUAAUUUGAGCAACAAUAUUGAAUUGAGGAGUAAAACAAUUUUGUCCUUGUAAAAAAAGAAAGAUUAAAAGAUGAAAAAUGAUGACAACAAAUCAGAUGAACUCAUUGGUGAAAUAGACGAGUUGACUGAAAGCGACCUGCCAAGAUUUCUACAACGAUUUAAGUUCCAGACACCAGAAUGGUUUAGAGAAGCGUUAGCAGAAUUUAUGGGAAUGUUCAUUCUUGUGGUGUUUGUAAUUGGCGCAAGCGCACAAGCAACUUUAAGCAAUGGUACCCUUGGUAAUUCUCUUUCUACCAGUUUAACCGGAACAAUAGCGUUGACAAUGGCUUUAUACUGGGCACUGGCCAUAUCAGGCUGUCAUAUAAACCCAGCUGUGACCUUGGGAUUCGCAUCAGUUCAAAGAUUUCCACUGAGUAAAGUACCAAUUUAUGUUGCCUCUCAAAUGCUCGGAUCGAUAACAUCGGCAGCUGUUGCUUACGCUUUAUAUCAUGAUGCAAUCGAUCAUUAUGACGGAGGAGUUCGACGGGUACUGGGGCCAAAUGGUACAGCUGGGAUCUUUACUUCAUUUCCUCAACCCUUCGUGAGCAACUUCACUGGAUUCUGCGAUCAGUUCUUUGGUACAGCAAUGCUCUUGGCACUUAUUUUUGCGCUUGUCGACAAAAAGAACGAAAGUAAGCCAACUGCUGGCUUGGCCCCCAUCGCCAUCGGAUUAGUUGUAGUUCUAAUUGGAAUGACAUUCGGUUACAAUUGCGGUUGUCCAAUCAACCCAGCACUAGAUCUGGGACCAAGGAUAUUCACUGCAAUGGCUGGAUGGGGGAAGGAAGUUUUCACCGCGCAUAAUAAUUGGUCUUGGAUUCCACCAGUUGCCUGCAGUCUAGGUGGUAUCGCGGGCGCAUACUUGUAUGUAUUAACUGUAGAAAUUCAUCGAAAGCCGGAGACAAAGAAAAACAAAAUUGACACAGAUAAUGAACAAAUUGCAAUCGACACCAUUCAGAAAUAAAGCGUUUACCCUCAGAAGAGCAAGUUAAUAAGUUGGUCUAUCAAGAAAAGAGAAAUGCAUUUUUUACUGGUAGUCAAUGUAAUUGAUGAGAUCUAAUGCGUAGAGACUAUAAAUUUAGAUGUAAAAUUUUUUGUAAUUUGAUGAUUGCACGAAAUGCUCAAAUAAAUAACAAGAAAAUA